AUGCAUACCAUAGCCUAUCCAAAAGCCAUUGUACCGCGAUACACCCACGGUGAUGAGGAAGCUGCAUUUGUGGAUGUUGAAUUGAAUGACAAGUCGCAACAACAACAAGGAUUAAACAUUGCAACGGAUGACUUGAGAAAGUUCAUUGGAUAUGGUGGGGAUUAUGGUGGUCGACCUAUGCGAUUAUCAAGACUUGACACAAGUACCAGUAGUAGCAGCUAUCACAAACAACAAGGUGUCUACGAGGACGAUGAUGACGAUGAUGAUGAUGAUGGCUAUGACGAUGCCGUGAUUCUCAAUGUACCUGAAGGACCUACGAUUUGGGAAGCAACCAAGGAAGGUGAUGUGUCCUUGGUGGUACGUGCACUUGAAAUGGCGGGCGAUAAUGCAAACACACUUGUCAAUACGCGUGAUCCUGAUACACAAUCGACCUUGCUGUAUCUAGCCGUGACGCAUAAUAAGGAUCCCGUGCCUUUACUCAAAGUGCUCUUAGCCUAUGGCGCUGACGCCACUUUACCCAAUGUCUAUAGUGUGCAAGCCAUCCAUGCCUUAGCCGUCCAUUGUAGCCAUCGUUCGAUAUUGGAAGCCUUGCAGCUAUUGCUUGAUAAUGAAGCCGAUGUCAAUGCACGCGACGGAGAUGACUGGACACCCUUACACUAUGUGGCACGCUUUGUGCGCGAUGAGUCUACGCUUUUACCAGCACUGCGACUCCUUGUCCAACGUGGUGCUCACGUCAAUGCAACGGAUGCCAGCCAAAAAUCACCCUUGUUUGCCCUUGUAGCCAAUGGCGACCAUGCAGCGUCUCUUGAUUGGCUUAUUCAUAGAGCAGGUGCCAACAUUGGAUUACAAGCCCAGUUUUUAGAUCCUCGAGCACGAAGCACGUUUUUGGGUACGGCCGUUCUUCAAGCAGCUAAAUACGCACGUGUGGGAUGCUUGCAAGUUCUUGCGCGUGCACACAUGACCCAUCUCAAAGAAAGCGUAUCACGUACUGAAUGUGAACAAGCCGUACAAUGGAUCUUGGAUAACAAACGUUGCAAUGAAGCUACGAGGGAUGAGAUGAUUCAAGCUGUAUUUUCCAUUCGACGUCGACUUGAAGAGGAUCCUAAUUCGGCUGUUGCCAUUGAACGUCGUCGUACCAGUGUUUACGUUCCAUCCAAAAGACAAUCUUUGCUCAGCAGCCUUCGUCGUAGUAGUACGAUGACUGGCAGUAGCAGUAAUAAUAAUAGUAGUAGAGGCAUUAGUAAUAUUAGUUAUAGUAGUAGUAAUCAUGAUCAGCAGCAGCAGCAGCAGCAAUACGUACAACGUACACCCAGUCUUUUAAGGCGGAUGAGCCACAUUUUGUCAAGGCAACGGACAACCACACUUGAUAGUAUUGCGUAA